CUUUUCCUCACCGUGGCGGCGGCGGCCAGGGCCACGGCGACAGCGGCUGGUUUCCCUACGCGUUAGCUGCGCUCCUGCACCGGCCGGACGUGAAGCUGCAGCCCGCACCGGGCCGGGGCCAUGGGCGCCCCGCGCUGCCCGGGUCAUGAGGACGGAGGCGGAGGCAGCGGGGUCGCCGCUCGAACCGGUGGACUUUGUGCAGUUACCUGUGCCCAUCAUCCAGCAACUCUACCACUGGGACUGUGGCCUGGCCUGCUCCAAGAUGGUGCUACGGUACCUGGGCCAGUUGGACGAUGGGGAGUUUGAGAAUGCCCUGCAGGAGCUGCGCCUGACCCGGAGCAUCUGGACCAUCGACCUGGCCUAUCUAAUGCGCCACUUCGGCGUGAGGCACCGCUUCUGCACCCAGACGCUGGGUGUGGACAAGGGCUACAAGAACCAGUCCUUCUACAGGAAGCACUUUGAUACCGAGGAGACCCGGGUGAACCAGCUGUUUGCACAAGCGAAAGCCUGCAAGGUGCUGGUGGAGAAAUGCGCUGUGAGCAUUCAGGAUAUCCAGGCCCACCUGGCCCAGGGCCACGUGGCCAUCGUGCUUGUGAACUCCGGAGUGCUGCACUGCGACCUGUGCUCCAGCCCCGUCAAGUACUGCUGCUUCGCCCCCAGAGGCCACCGCUGCUUCUGCCGCACCCCCGACUACCAGGGCCACUUCAUCGUGCUGCGCGGCUACAACCGGGCCACCAGCUGCAUCUUCUACAACAACCCAGCCUAUGCCGACCCAGGCAUGUGCAGCACCAGCAUUAGCAACUUCGAGGAGGCCAGGACCAGCUACGGCACGGAUGAGGACAUCCUCUUUGUCUAUCUAGACAGCUGAUAGAGGGAGCCUGCUGUGCCCAGGCUCUCGGAUCCUGCCCCUCCACCCUGCUGUCCGUCCACCCCCAGCCCUCAGCCAGGCUGAACGCAGGAGCUGCAGCCUCAGCUGUCUGACAAAGCCCUCCUCCCCUUCACCUUCUCCCCCGGGGGAACUCUGGGAGCCGGGCACAGCCAGCCUCGCCUGCCAGCUGUUGUGUGCGCUCAUGCCACCAGCCCCGUACCGAGGCACCUGUCUGUGUGGUUGCUGGGGCUCUGAAGUGAACCUCUCCCAGGACUCCAAGCCAGACUCCAUCACAGCCCCUGAGGGAGUCCCUGUGGCCUUCAAGCGGGACCCCAGGAGAAGAGGAGGGACCUGAACCUGCCUCCCUACACACCUAGAGAGGACUGAGCCACUGGCGGCUCGUCAAACAAUGUCUGUGUUUCCUGGGAACCUGCCCUCCUGGUCUCCGCUCAUCCACACAACAUGUGUGUUUAUAGGGAGAUGCAGCUGAUCCUGGGCUUUGAUGGCCUACAAGUGCUGCAGACCCCAUGUGGACCACAUGGAUGCUACAUCACUGUCACCUCUCGCCUCUCUCUAGGCCCAAGUCACCAAAGACACUCCGCCUGGCGGAGCCCUCAUCCCUGGGGACGCCGGGGCCUCCUGCCACCCUCUAGGGAGCCCAGCUCCGUGGGCUGAAGGGAGGGUCCUCAUGGGGUGGGCCUGAGAAUAAACAGCAUCUGGGCCUCAGGGCACGGUGGCAGCCAGGGAUCUCCUGACAGCCAGAAUGCCAACAGCAGAACCCAUCUUCUGGGUGUAAGGGGGCCCCAGCUCUCGAGAGAGGGUGCUAGGGUCUAUAGUCCUGCGGUGGCAACAGAGGGCAACCUGGGUCUAAUGCCAAGACUUUGGGCUUUGUGGAUCCCUGAGUGCCCUCCAUCUUGACCGAGGGGUGCCAGGUGCCUUCCCAGGAUCAGACAGCACAAGUAUUGUAGCCUGGAACCAUUUCUUCCCAUUUCUCUUCUCUUUUGUGCAGAGCUGUUUGGGGUUUGUUUCUGUGGAGUGUGUGUGUGUGUGUGUGUGUGUGUGUGUGUAUGGGGGGGUUGGUUUUUUUUUCUUCAGAUUUCACUUUUUUGCUUUUUGGGGAGUAAGGGUGCCUUCCGAUGAGAUAAUAAUAGUGAGGUUGCAGGUACUGUGGCACCACUAGCACCUCUUCCACACGACAGGUCGGCCAGUCCAUGUCUGUCUGCCCCUUCCCCCUCACCCAGUCCAAGGAGAGCCAGCCCACAACAUGGUACAGCUGGGCCAUGGGCACCCAGGUGUGGACCUGAGGAAUAAGGCAAGCCCACUCCUGCACUCCUGGAACUUGGUCUGUGGGUACCUGAGGCAUAGCAUGGUGGUGGCUGCUGUCCCAAUCCCCCAGCUACCCAGGGCUGUCGGCCCACUCAGUCCCAUCACUCCUGGGCACCAGGUACAGCCUUGGUUGGCCAGAUGAUCUCCCAGGGUUUCAGAGACUUCGUGUUGGCGUCAGGCUGGUCUGUCUCAUUUCCAUUGCCUUAAUAAUACCAAGUGGCCCAAGGCAUGAGGAAACUCCAAGACCUGAAGCCCCAGGCGGACCAUGUGUGUCCUGCUGUGACCAUGGACAUCCUCAGACAAGCAGAACUGAGUGAGCCAAUGGAGGACACAAAGCUGUCAGGCCAGCUGGAUGAGAACGAGGCGCCAGGGGCACAGAGCUGGCCCGGAGGACGGCUGCUCCAGUGCAGGCUACACAUUAAAGGCACCUGUCCAUCCACAAGACCCCAUUUUCCUGAGGCGAGACCUGGAGAACAGUGUGAGCACACACACCACCACCACCCUUCACGUGUCGGUCAUGAAAAUGGGACUGAAAACAAAAAACAGCCUGCACAAUCAGGGACUGUGUCACGUGACACCCACAUGCUGGGGACGGGGCAUCAUGGCCAUCAGCCACACAAGGACAGUCUAGUCACAGGGCUAGGGGUGGGGAGGGGGGGGACAAAAGGGUUCUUUUGCAUUGCAGAGGUUUUAUACAUAAAAUAUAUUUUGUUUGUAAUGAGCCAUUCUCAAUAAAUGUUCUCACUGUGUA